AUGAAUAAAAGUUAAUAUUAAACAAAUUUUGGUGUUGCAAUUACUAUCAUAAUAGGAUGUCUAUUAGGUGUUUAAAUAUUUUUAGUUGGCAAAGAGGUAAUUUAAAAAACAAACCCAGAUGUUAUUUUUGCCGAGCAAUUUGUAGCCAGUCCUGCUAGAUUUAAUAUAACAAGGAAAACAUUUAACUUUGCAUUUGGUGCAUAAUUUCCUGGUAACUUUUCGCAGUUCAUUGAUGAGUCUAUUUACACAGUUUCUGCUGUGCAAGUUACUAUGCAGAGGAAAUUUAAUUAAACUAGCGGUGAGUAUUACUAAGACUGGAACAACCUUCCUAUAGGUAUUCAUCCCUGCUCAUCAAAAGAUUUUGAAGUAGAAGAGUCUAUUAAUUACUUUAAUACAUUAGUUGGUUUAGAAAAUAUGUAUUGUCUAGAUUAUGAUAGUUAAGAUUUAUUUAUGGAAGGAAGUUUCGAUUAAGAUUAAUAUGGGCUAAUUUAAAUUUAAUUUAGGAGGUGUACUGGAUAAUAAAAUUGUAAAGAUCCUGAUGAGAUAAAUAAAAUUUUAACUAAUUCUUUUGUUUCCCACUACACAAACGACAUUAUAGUAAAUCCUAAAAAUGUUAACCCCUAUUCAAUUAUAUCAAGAGAUAUGUACUGGAGUACUAAUCCAAUCUACCCAAAAGAUGCUUAUCUUUAUUAUAGAAACAUUUAUGUUGAAACUGAUAAUGGGAUAGUUUUUGAAGACAUCAGCACUUAAAGAAAACCUUCACUCAGCUAGACUGAAGAACAGAUUAUAUUCGGAGAAACUGACUAUUUUUUUUAGAUGCAGCUGAGAUUUGAAAAGGCAAAAGAGUCUAAGUAUCAUAGAAAAUAUAAAAAAUUAGAUAGUAUUCUGGCUGAAAUAGGUGGUAUCGCUAAAGCAUUAGUAAUGAUCGGUUUCAUUAUUUGUGUUCCUAUUAAUUAACUUUAACUCUAUUACAAACUUUCUAACUCUUUAUUUAAAUAUUCAAAUUGUCAAAACAUAUAAAAACAAUAAACUAAUAAAGCAAUUCCAAAAAGUGCAGGGAAAACUUUUGUUGAAAUAAUAGAAGCUCAAAAGGAAUAGAAUAAUAAAUAUAUUGAUUAAUAAAAUUUAGAUAAUUCUUAAGUUUAUUUUGAAAAAUAAUUUUUAGAUAAAGAAUAACAUAUAACUAAAGAAUCUUAGUUAUUUGUAUCUUAACAAUAGUUUUAAGUCAGUAGAAAUUAGAUUUCUUCCAAAUAAUAUAGAAGGGGAUAAUCUAUGGAAAAAUUUGUAACAAAAGAGCUAACUUAGAGGUAAAUUAGUAAAAAUAGAAAACAAGUAAAUACAGACCCUAUAGAAUUAAACAAAAAUUAAAAUAAUAAAAUUAUUAAAAAUAAUACAUAAACUUAAGUUAAUCUAAAUCAGGUUAAAAAUGAUUUUAAUAUUUUCGAUAUAAUUAAAAUAACUAAAAAUAUGAAAUAAAAACAGUCUUAGCAACUUGAGCAGAUACCUCAAGCACAGAAAGAAAACGAUAUACAAAAUAUUGGAUAAUAAUUAAACUAAUAAAAUAUUUAAUAUAAUGAUUACAAAUAAUAAUAAAUCUUAACUAAUUGCUAGGAAUUAUUUAAUUAAAACGAUAGUUAAAACAAAGAAUAUGAAGAUUUAAAAUUAAGUUGGUCUGAUUAUAUCAAAUAUUAUCUUUGGCCUUUUGGAAACUAUGACAAAAAGAAGAAAUAAAUUGACUACUCAGUAGAAAAGAUUUACUAACAUCUUGAUAUAAUCUAUAUAGUUAAAAAGUUACUAGAGUUCGAAAAAGUUAAAUAAGUUUUACUUAAUGAAGAUUAAAGAAAGCUAAUAUAGUUCUUCCCAAAACCCUUAAUUAAUGUAGAUGAAAUAGAACAAUAUAAAAAAGAAGAAAAAGAGCUAAUCAGAUCAUAAAAAAAAAUGAAAUACGAGUAAAAAAAAUAAACUGUCAACAUGCUAAACAAUUAAUAAAUAAAUGAAAAGUAAAGAGCAAAAGAAGCUUACGAAGCUUUGUAAAAUAUCAUAAAAAAAGAAAAAUUAAGCCAAAUAGAUAAAAAAAUAUUAGAAAUGCUAGACGAUUCGAUAUUGGAAAAUAUCCACAAUAAUGCUGAAUACCUUCAAUAAUAAUAAAUAAAUUUUUAAGGCAUAAAUUCUUGUAUAAUAAAUGAUUAAAAAUAAUUCUAUUAGGAAGGCAUUUAAAAUUUUAACAACUAGAUAAGUAAAGAUAUUUAAUAUCAAAAUAUAUAAAAUGAAUAGAAUAAUAUUGAAGAGAUCUAAAGUAAUUCUUUACAGAGCUCAUUAAAAAAAAAAAUGCCAAAUGAAAUAGAGUCAUAAGAAAUAACUAGUAUACAAGACAUAAAAUUAUAAAAUUUUAAAUAAACUUAAUUUAAUUUAAUUAAAAAGUUUUGA